AUGCAGUUCAAUCUCCCCCCCUUGCUGGCAGGCCUCAACUUGACUGGCUUAUCUGGCCUGUUCAACUUUGCGGACCUUUCGCUACCACCACCGCGCGAAGUUCUACCCGGCAGCCAAUCGCUAACUGCAACGACAUGGCAGACUCAGCUCGCCCUUCCCGGCGUCGACUUCGCGGACCACUGGGUCUACCUGACUGGAAACACCAGUUGUUGGAACCAAACUCGCUGCAAUGAGUUCGAUCAGGCCAUCGUCAAAGAAUAUGAGAUACGCCAAUUACGCUCGCCGGCAGCCUCGUCCUUGCUAUCCUUUGUGGAUUGUGACGCAGAGCCAAUCCUGUGCCAUUCUUGGCUACUCCUUCCACCGGCGUUGAUGCAUAUCUCCGCUGCCUCCGCGCCUGAGGACACGGUGAUGCAUCCGAUCCCACUUCCCCUUACAAACACCUCUCGCUAUUCGGACAAGCAACUCAUCUCUGCCGACCAACAAAUUGCAUUUCUCAUGAGUGAUCAAGUCCCUCUGCAGGAAUUUCGAGUCUGGGAUGGAUACAUGAAUCCGUUUAUCGGUACCGUGGGGAAACGCGGCGGUGGCUUUUACUGGGGAUACUUGAAGCAUCGUUUCGGCUGGCUGCCAUUACCGCAGCAUGCUUUUACCAUCUUCAUCCUGCUCAUCGUGCGACUUCUCAUUCGGAGGUUUCAGCCUACUAAUCCCCCUCCCAAUGCAUUUACCAAGGAUGUCGGUGGAUGCGGUCUGCCACGAUCGAUGGGUCCAAGAGUGCAUAUGGAGAUUUAG